UAUCAUGAAAAAUAUCGUUUGAUUAAUCCUUCCGUUUUUCAGCAAGCAUGAUAUAGUGUAGCCGAGAGCUAGUUUAGUACACUAUAUAAAUAAGACAACUAACUUGUAAGGUACCCUUAUCAAUCUUUCAGGAUGUGUCCCAUCAGCUCCGCAGUAGUGGCAGUCCUUACAUCGGCUGUAGUCUGCUUGGCAUCAGCAACCCAGAAGAUUGGGACACCCUUUCUAGAGCGACAGCUGCACAAACAUGGCUUCCACAGAGACCUGACAACAUCAGUAGAGUGGCUGGUGAACCCCCACCACCGCGGGGACAUACAGAACUGCGGGAUCCUCCUGGUUGAGAAGCUACCCCCGGGGAUCUAUGUUGACCCCUUCCAGCUGUCCUCCAGGCUUCAGUUUGGGGGACCAAAGGUUUUAGUUGAUGCAGCUGUUAACAUAGAGAUGCCUGCCCACCUCUCGCCCGGACACACCCUCCAUGUGUACGCUGACCUGAAGACAGUCACAGACAGUGAUGAAGGAUUCAGCCUGGCAGCAUCAGUCACCCUCCCCAUCCACCUCCGAUACCAGCCCCCUGCACACGAGUCCAGCAUCACUCAUGUCGAUGUUGUUAUCAGUAACCCUCGCUUGUUCACAAACUGUUCAAUCAAAGAGUCUGUGGUCUUGCUCCAGGCCCCGUGUGACCACACCAACGCUUCUCAAUGUCUCUGGCAUGAGCACCACUACCAGGCCGAAGUUGACAGUGUGACGUGCAGUGUGCCUGUAGGGAACACAAGUUAUCUGCCCCUGGUUGUGGCCGUGACAUUACUUGUGACUGGAAUUUGCUGUCUGUUCAUCGUAUACGUGGUCAUUACAAAACAACCUCAAACCAAACUGAAGACAUCCUGAAAUUGUCUGAUGUGUUUGUCAUGUAGUGAGAUAGCCUGAUACCUACAGGCACGACCUGGCCGUCCAGUGAACCAGCGAUGAUGAGAGAAGCUGUUGGGAACAUGUCAACAGUUUCACCGUGCUGAUUGUCUGCAAGUCUUGAUAUAGGGAUCUGUAACUAUUACGUUUGUGUUGAACGCUGGCUUCACCCUCUGGGAACCAUAUAGGAAACCUGUGUACUGUCGCUGUUACUGGUACGAGUGAACGAGGUCCUGACUUUCAUGGCGCUGUUUGAGAUUGUUGGUUACCUGUCACCAACAGAUCAACUACAGUUGACAGUGUCAACUCUUGACAGGGAGUUCAAGUGCCUCUGUCGAUCAAGUUAAAAGGAACUAUUUUGGUUAUCUGAUCAAUCUUGUAAAAAGUAUUGUAUCUUUUGGGCAACUGUAUAUAAAUGAUAUACAUAUAAC